GGAGAGUUAGAGAUGACAAACUUACAAAUAAUCAUAUUUUUCAUAAGGUCAAUAUAUGAACAUGCUGUACUGCUGCAGGGUAAAGGGAAGAUAUAUAAAGAAAAAAUUGCAUUCCCGACAAUUAGCCUAAUUGGGACCCACAAGGACCUACUACCUGGAAGUGAAGCUGAGCAGCAGAGCUUGAUUGAAAGAGUAUAUGGUAGAAUAUUUGAAGCAAUAAGGGGACAACCAUAUGAAAGUCACGUAGACACUGAAAUGUAUGCUGUAGACAACACUGCAGCAUCAGACGAAGGAAUUGCGAAAUUGAAAACAAACGUUGGCGGUUUCAUGAAUGCAAUGGCAACACGUGUUCCAAUAAAAUGGGUUGUAUUCCAAAAUAUAAUACAAGAAAUAGGAAAAACAACACUGUGCAUGUCUUUAGACAAGAUCACUAAGAUUGCAUCUGAAUGUCUGAUUUCUCAAGAAAACGUCAUGCACGUUCUCACAUAUUUGAAUGAUAUUGGAAUAAUCUUCUAUUCGUCGACUAACAAGAGAUUGAAGAAUGUGGUGAUUACUAACAUCCAUAUGUUGAUUGGAAUCUUCAUGAAAAUCAUAACAGAUGUGAAACCUGAUGGUUUUGAUGAG